UUGUGGAAGAAUCUUAUUGAAUCGGCUUUCAACUUUCUGUAGGCACCGUGGAGAGGAGAAUUUAGUCAGAUAUUGAAUUAAACAGUCUCCCUCAUAUUACUUUUGAGGUGAUCAUUUGCCGCCAUUCCCUUUUUGUGUUUUGAAAGUUAUUAGAGGGCCGCAGAUAUGUGGAUUCAGGUGCGCACCAUGGACGGCAAGGAGACCCACCGGGUGGACUCCCUGUCCAAGCUGACCAAGGUGGACGAGCUGCGGCUGAAGAUCUCGGAGCUGUUCAAUGUGGAGCCGGAGAGACAGAGGCUCUUCUACAGAGGAAAGCAGAUGGAGGACGGCCACACCAUCUUCGACUAUAGCGUGGGUUUAAACGACAUCGUACAGCUGCUGGUGCGCCAGGCCCUCCCACAGGCCCCGCCCCCCAAAGAGAAGGAGGCGGAGCUGUCUGACUCGGACUCUGGAUGUGGCCAGAGCGAAUCUGACAAGGGCUCCACGCACGGCGAGGGAGAGGCACCGGCGGCGGCCGGCAGCUCCAACCAGACUGACGCCCCAGACCUGAUCGAUCCUGGCUUCGGCUUCUACAAGAUCAAUGAGUAUGUGGAUGCCAGAGACUUGAACAUGGGCGCGUGGUUCGAGGCCCAAAUCGUUAAAGUGACCAAGAAGAGUCCAGAGGGAGGAGAUGGAGAGGCGACCCAGGAGGAGAUCCGUUACCACGUCAAAUAUGAAGAUUACCCAGACUACGGGGUGGUGGAGAUGAGUGGCAAGGACGUGCGCCCACGCGCCCGCACGGUCUACCAGUGGCACCAGCUGGAGCCUGGCAUGGUGGUGAUGGUCAACUUCAACCCAGACGAGCCCAAGGAGCGCGGCUACUGGUACGACGCCGAGAUCCAGAGGAAGAGGGAGACGCGCACGCAGAAGGAGGUCUACGCCAAGAUACUGCUGGGGGAGGCUGGAGACUCCCUGAAUGACUGCCGCAUCAUGUUUGUGACUGACAUCUACAAGAUCGAGGAGCCCGGAAGCAAAGAAGCAGCAGAGCCUGGAUCAGAGAGCCCCAUGAAGAGAUCCAAUGGGCCGGAAUGUAAGCAUUGCAAGGACAACCCCACUAAGAACUGUCGCUGGUGCAACUGCCACGUGUGCGGCGUCAAGCAGGACCCAGACAAGCAGCUGCUGUGUGAUGAGUGUGACAUGGCCUUCCACACCUACUGCCUCAACCCUCCACUAGAGACCAUCCCCGACGACGAGGACUGGUACUGCCCCGACUGCCGAAACGAUUCUAACGAGGUGGUGAAGGCAGGAGAAAAGCUGAAAGAGAGCAAGAAGAAAGCCAAGAUGGCCUCCGCCAACUCAUCCAGCCAGAGAGACUGGGGAAAGGGCAUGGCGUGCGUGGGCCGCACUAAGCAGUGCACCAUCGUGCCCCCCAACCACUACGGCACAGUGCCCGGGGUACCCGUUGGAACACAGUGGAAAUUCAGGGUGCAGGUCAGUGAAUCCGGUGUUCACCGGCCCCAUGUAGCGGGCAUCCAUGGCAGGAGUACUGACGGGGCCUACUCUCUGGUGCUGGCCGGGGGAUACGAGGACGACGUGGAUGAUGGAAAUGAGUUUACGUACACAGGAUCUGGUGGACGGGAUCUGUCUGGAAAUAAAAGAACAGCCGAGCAGUCGUGUGACCAAAAAUUGACCAACAUGAACAGGGCGCUGGCACUGAACUGUAACGCGUCCGUGAAUGACAAGGCGGGCGCGGAGGCCAAGGACUGGCGGGCUGGCAAGCCUGUGCGGGUGGUGCGCAGCAGCAAGGGACGCAAGCACAGCAAGUUCUCUCCUGAGGAUGGCAACCGCUACGAUGGCAUCUACAAGGUGGUGAAGUACUGGCCGGAGAAGGGCAAGUCUGGCUUCCUGGUGUGGAGGUACCUGCUGAAGAGGGAUGAUGAGGAGCCCGCCCCCUGGACCAGAGACGGCAAGGAGCGCAUCAAGAAACUGGGCCUCACCAUGCAGUACCCUGAUGGCUACCUGGAGGCGGUUGCUGCUAAAGAGAAGGAGAAGGAGAACAAGAACAUGGAGGAGGAAGAGGAGCCAGAGACCCCCAGCAAGGGCAAGAGGAAGAGGAAGUCACAGAAAGUGGAGGCAGAGAAGUCGUCCCCGACAAAGAGCCCUGGCAAGAAGAUGAAGGUGGAGGCGUUCAAACUGAGCCGUGAGCAGAAGGCCCUCAUCAAGGAGGACGAGGCCAACAAGAAAGUCUGGGACGAGGCCAUGGAGUCACUCAACCUGGGCCCGAAAUUCUUGAGUAAAGUGGAGGAGGUGUUCCUUUGCAUCUGCUGCCAGGAGCUGGUCUUCCAGCCCGUCACCACAGAGUGCCAACACAACGUCUGCAAGGAAUGUCUGCAGAGGUCCUUCAAAGCAGAUGUGUACACAUGCCCGGCCUGCAGGCACGACCUGGGCAAGACCUACCAGAUGAGCGUCAAUAAGGCCCUCCAAGCCGUCCUCACCCAGCUCUUCCCUGGCUACAGCAGCGGCCGAUGAUACAGCCAGCCCUGCGGGCGCCAGCUCCCCAAGCCCUGUCCCCUCUAGCAACCCACCCACCCACCUACCCACUCACCUGCCUAUCAUCCUAACCUGGCCUGUCCUGCCCUGCCCCGCAGCGCACAGCAUGAACUAUGAGGGCCGCCGCCGACUCAAGUCUCACAGCUUUGUGUCCCUCGCAGUGUAUUUAUCGUGUAAUGACUUUACGAAUCAGGUGUAGGAACUCCCACCCCACCCCACUUCCCCUCUCCCUCCUAAGUCUCUUCCCCCUUGUGUGUGUGGCCAAGGUGUCUUUAUCAAAUGAAAUGCAAUCAGUUCCUGUCUCUUCUGAUGCCUUAACUAGCCAGUCACAUUCAAGUAGAGUCUGAGAGGCUGAACGACACGCCCUUGUAUAACGUUAGUGUCCACGUUCCGUUAACAGGGCUUCGUCAUUCAGUGAGUUUUUUUUUUUUUUUUUUUAAAUGGGUGAUGUACUGUAAGAAAACCAGCAGCUCACUGUCAGACGCUCUCCACUCUCUGUAAUCUGUACAGUCACCCCCUCUUCCAAACCCUGCGCAUCCAUUCAUCACUCACUCUGUGAGUUCACUGGCCCAGUCGAUGAACUGUAGAAUGCAGCUGAGUUCCGUUUUCCUCCCCGAUCUGCUGUAAUGUUUCGUUUGAGUUGGUCAGGCUACUCGUCUGACCUACCUUGUGGUUUUAUUCAAUCUACAAACAGUUUCGAUAUGCUUGCUCUCUCUUUAACAUUAUAAACUGAAAAAGGUGGUUUAUUUUUUAUAUAUAUACCAAUCAAUUGUAAUGACCAAGCAAUGAUGAUGAGCCGGCUAGAUGAUCAUCAGGGAGUCUGCUUAGGACAACCGUUGACAUGGCCCCAUCCCUAAGCAUUGCCCCUGACCCUGCUCUCCCCCCUUGAUUUGAUACUUUAGCUUUAACAUUCCUGUGAGUUACUAUCAUACACUUUUUCCAUGUAUACGCUAUUGACGCGGUAUAUAAUUCCGUCAUGCUUACUUGCUUUUCGUUAUGAUGGACAUAAUCGCCAGUUUUUGUAAGAUUAAUGUAGCCAAGUAAUAUCCCCUCAUAUCUUGUUGGUUUGUUUUUAUAGCGUUUAAUUCCAAAUGUAGUUGCCAAGGCACUGUAAGAUGGAGAGGGUCCCCAGCAUCCCAUGAUUGCCUUAACACGCGCCUUGGAGACUUAACAUCGCCAAGUGUCAGAUGUCAUUAUCCCUCCUUGUUCUCCAAAAAAUAUAGAUAAAUAAAAAGACUAAUGACCAUUUUUAUAACGAGAAAAGAAUCCAGUUUAUUUUGGUUCCGUUUGAUAUUUUAUAAUCGCCGAAGGCUGCAGAAUAUCUCCUCCUCUAGAUUUAUACCUCAGCUGUUUUGUAGACUGGAAAUGUAUAUUCUGAAAUUGUUUAUAUUUUAGCACUUGUUCUGCAGUUGUAUUUUUUUUUCUCUGUAGGUGUAGGCUUAUAGCGGUCCCUGGACACGUUUUUAAGUGCAGAUUUUCAAUAAAUUCUUAUUGACACUUUUCAAAAAAAUGA